AUGAAGACGGUGAAAAGUGCACCGGUUGUAUUCGGUCUUGGGCCGCGACUAGUCUCUUGUCGGUUUAUCCCUGGGCUGGCAGGGACCUUUGUCGCCGAGAGCCAGGACAUUGCCGGGGUCCGUCGUGUUACGGGCAACUGGCCGGUUGUAGAGGUCCGUUGUUUGUCGUCAGAGAGUUUGCUGCCAAACUGUUUGCCGGUGCGGAAACAGACGAGGAUGAAGAAUGCGAAGAAGAUGUUUCGUGACUUGAGUAAUCGAGGUCGGCGGUACGUGCUGGCUCAUUUACAGCGUCGACGAACGAAGGGACUCAAGACAAGCUUUGCGUACCUCGAAAGGCUGGUGGGACGUGCGCGGCGAAUGACUGACCAGGAAAAGUCCGUAGCUUGCGGCCGACCUUCCUUGUCGCUGCCUCCUUCCUGGCCAGGCGUAGGGUCCUUCAGUGGUGCUUCGGACCCUGCCUUCAAUCUCGGCCUCGGAGGUUCCCAAAUAGGACUCGGUACCAGUCGUGGACCGGGCUUCCGUCCUGAUCCGGCUCUUACCCCCGGGAUAUCAGGCCUGCAGCCUGUAGACCUGUUGGCUUCGGACCCCAAGUCUUCGGACCCCAAGUCUUCGGACCCCAGGUCUUCGGACCCCAGGUGUUUAGACGUGCCGCCAUCCAAGCCUCUUGAAAGUCUCAUUUCGCUACUUGGCGCCAAGAUGGAUGUGAGCGAUCCGGCCCCCGAUAUGCCGCCCUCCGCCACCGAGGAGGUGCCCACUCCAGUCAGUCUAGACUUGAGCCCACCCGCGGCCCGCGCCGGGUCGCCUCCACCGGCCGCGUCAAAAAAACCGGGGCCAAUGGAGGUACCCGGCGCCGCAAUGGAGGUGCCAGGUUCACUGAUCAACACCAAAACCAAAGAACCUAAGCGGAAGAUGAUUUGGGUUUCCGCCCAACCGCAUGUUCGGGAUGUGCAAGUGUUCUGGGUGGGGCCGGUGGCGGGAGGCGCCAGGGACGUGGAAUUGGCGAAGACACCAGCGCGACAGCCGGUGCUGGACGCGAGAGAUGGGAAAAAGACCCGAGGUGGACAAUUGGAAGUGGACCAAUUGGGGCCAGUGCUGAGAAGCGCCAGGGACGUAGAAUUCGUGAAGACACCAGCGCGACAGCCGGUGCUGGACGCGAGAGAUGGGAAAAANCCCGAGGUGGACAAUUGGAAGUGGACCAUUGGGGCCA